AUAUAAUUUAGAAAUCUUGUUUUAUCUAUAAAGAGGCUUUGAAAAUGCAAUUUAAUUCCAUUCUUUCUACACAUUUAACAACAGAAUGGCGUGUACAAUAUAUGAAUUACGAAAAUCUCAAAACCAUGUUACUGACAGCUGUGGAUAAUUCACCCUCAAACCUAGCAUUUGAUUUACGUUCCAUACGAAAUUAUUAUGCAAAUUUCGAUGAAAAAUUUUUCCAACAAUGCGAACGAGAAUUAAAAAAAGUUAAUCGAUUUUUUGAGGAAAAACUAUCUGAAGCACAUCGUAAACAUGUAGCACUAGAAACCGAGCUCUACAUAUAUCUUGAUGAGGUUAAAGAGAAAGAAAAUAGUCAUCAUGGCAUAUUAACAAAAAAGAAAAUUAAAACUUUUAGAGAAAACUACAGCGAGUACUACUUGAGUUUAGUGUUGUUGCAAAAUUAUCAGAGUCUCAAUUAUACUUCCUUUCAAAAAAUACUCCAGAAACACGAUAAGCUUGUGAAGAUGGCGACUGGUGUGGACUGGCUACAUGAUAUAGUGGACUGUGCAUAUUUCCAUAUCGAUCGUGAACUUAUGAAUCUUCUGCGAGAUACAGAAGACAAGUUUACCUCAUAUUUUGAAAAUGGUGAUCGGACACGCGCACUCAAUCGCUUACGUAUAUCCUCAUUGAACAGUGACUAUAAACCGGGUAUGUUAUUUAGUUUGGGAAGUUUUACUGGAGUACUAAUAAUACUAAUUAUUUUUGCUGUAUAUACAUGUGCGAUAGUUUUUACAAAACAACUAACAAUUGGAAAUUAUACAACUCUUUUGCGUAUAUAUCGGGGUCCAUUUUUGUUCAUAUUAUUUCUAUUCUUUUGUGGUUUGAAUAUAAAAGAUUGGCGUAAAGCCGGCAUAAAUUAUAUGCUUAUAUUAAAUAUUGAUCCUUGUGAUCAUAUAACCUCCUUGCAUAUAAUGCAGUUAGCAAUGGCAUUUGCUGUGUUGUGGACCUUAAGUAUUUUGGGGUUUUUCUACUGUAACUUAGUAGAUGUACCGCGCUAUAUAUUUCCAUUGGCUUUAUUUUGGGCAAUGAUUGGUUAUCUCAUAAAUCCAUUGCCAAUAAUGAACUAUAAUGCACGCAUGUGGCUACUCAAAGUGAUGGGUCGUGUAAUAUCUGCUCCAUGUUUGGCUGUCAAUUUCGCAAAUUUUUGGUUGGCUGAACAACUUUUAUCGCUGGUUACUUGUUUAGUAGACUACGAAUAUAUCAUUUGCUUUUAUACUACCAAUUGGGAUUAUAGAAAUGCUUCGGUCAAUGAUGUCUGCAGUGAGAAUAUGAUUAUUAUUCCAAUAUUGCAAUGUCUACCUGCAUGGUUUUGUUUUGCUCAAUCUGCGCGUCGUUUUACCGAUAAACGUUCAGUAUUUCCAUUUCUAUGCAAUGCCGGAAAGUAUGCUACAACAUUUCCAGUUGUGAUUUUUGGCACCUUGUCGUCUUACUAUAAAGAUGUUUAUAGUAGUACUUUUCAAAAUCCAUUUGUUUGGGGUUACUUGAUAAGUUCUAUUAUUUCCACUGUGUAUUUUUAUGCAUGGGACGUCUUCAGAGAUUUUGGAGUCUUCAAAAAAUUUUCCGGAGAUAAUAUCUUUUUGCGUGAACAAGUCGUAUACGAACCGUGUUUCUACUAUUUUGCCAUGAUAGAAAAUCUACUAAUUCGUUUUUACUGGAUUUUUGCAUUUUACGUGGAGGAACAGAGAUAUAUAUCGAAGUAUUGUAUGACAACAAUUGGAGCAUGUUUGGAAAUAUUCAGACGUUAUAUAUGGAAUUACUUACGUUUAGAGAAUGAACAACUUUAUAAUUUGGGAAAAUUUCGAACUAUGCAAGAUAUCUCACUGUCACCCAUAUAUUCAAACGAUGAAGCUACGCUCCUACGUAUGAUGGAAGAAAUUGAUGGUGUGACCAAUCGUGAAGUGGAUGUGUAACAUGAUAUAUAUAUAUUUGUUUUUUACA